AUGACGGUCCUCGUACUAAUAAUCCUCCUGUUCGCGGGUAUUGUGAUCCUGGUCUUGUUCCAUGUGUGCAUAAUCGAGUGGGGCUUCAGAGCGAGCGGACUCCACCGUGCCGGUCAAGCUGCCAACGAUGCUCUUGCUGAUCGAGCCGGGGCGGGGAACACGAGCAUGUCCAUCGACGAUGUAGAGAAGCUUCCCUGCUUUGACUUCGAGGCCAAACAUUACGAUCAAGACCACGAGGGGACAAUCACCAUGACCAUUGCUGCUAGUCCUGUGAGCUGUGUGGUCUGUUUGGAGGAGUUCAAGAUCGGCGACAAGUGCCGGCUAUUGCCGAUCUGCAGGCACAGCUUCCACGCGGAGUGCGUAGAUGCUUGGCUCUUGAAGAUGGCCAGUUGCCCGAUUUGCCGGAGCCGUGCCAAUUCUAGCCGAUCGCUAGAUGAGGGAAGCAGUAGCGGGUGCGGGCCUGGUGGCAGUAGUCAUUUCAACGACGAUGUUAGCACGGGAAUCGCAGGGAGUCAGAUGGACUCGAGUGAUGUUAGCAGGAGUGAAUCAAGAGAGAGAGGAGAUCAAAUUGGUGAUGUGAGAGUAGAGAUUGAAGAUCUCCAAACAAUACCACAGCCUAAUGUGUGA